ACACACACACACAUGUGACUGUGGCAGGUUCUUGCUCACGCAGUGACUUUUGACUCUGCUCAAACCUCUUCCAUCUCUCAUGAACUUCUUCUAGCCCAGGAAACUUGGUCAGAGCCAGGCUGGAGGAACCACGGCCCUUCCUGUCCGAGGAUCCGUUUUUUCUCUUCUCCAUCUGAUAGGAAGAUGGCUGACAUUCAAAACAUUUCUCUGGACAGCCCAGGGACUGUAGGAGCUGUGGCCGUACCUGUGGUCUUUGCCCUCAUCUUCCUGUUGGGGAUGGUAGGCAAUGGGCUAGUGUUGGCUGUGCUCCUGCAACCUGGCCCGAGUGCCUGGCAGGAGCCGGGCAGUACCACGGAUCUCUUCAUCCUCAACUUGGCCGUCGCAGACCUCUGCUUCAUCCUAUGCUGCGUGCCCUUCCAGGCGGCCAUCUACACGCUGGACGCCUGGCUAUUCGGAGCUUUCGUGUGCAAGACGGUGCAUCUACUCAUCUACCUCACCAUGUACGCCAGCAGCUUCACCCUGGCCGCUGUCUCAGUGGACAGGUACCUGGCGGUGCGGCACCCACUGCGCUCGCGGGCCCUGCGCACCCCGCGCAACGCGCGCGCCGCCGUGGGGCUGGUGUGGCUGCUGGCGGCGCUCUUUUCCGCGCCCUACCUCAGCUACUACGGCACGGUGCGCUACGGCGCGCUCGAGCUCUGCGUGCCCGCCUGGGAGGACGCGCGGCGGCGCGCGCUGGACGUGGCCACCUUCGCCGCUGGCUACCUGCUGCCGGUGGCCGUGGUGAGCCUGGCCUACGGGCGCACGCUGCGCUUCCUGUGGGUGGCCGUGGGUCCCGCGGGCGCGGCGGCAGCAGAGGCGCGCCGACGGGCAACUGGCCGCGCGGGGCGAGCCAUGCUGGCGGUGGCCGCGCUCUACGCGCUGUGCUGGGGCCCCCACCACGCGCUCAUUCUCUGCUUCUGGUACGGUCGCUUCGCCUUCAGCCCGGCCACCUACGCCUGUCGCCUGGCCUCGCACUGUCUCGCCUACGCCAACUCCUGCCUCAACCCGCUCGUUUACUCGCUCGCCUCGCGCCACUUCCGCGCGCGCUUCCGCCGCCUGUGGCCCUGCGGCCGUCGCCGCCACCGCCACCACCGCACCCAUCGUGCCCUCCGUCGGGUCCAGCCAGCGUCUUUGGGACCCGCUGGUUAUUCCGGCGACGCCAGGCCUCGCGGUUGGAGUAUGGAGCCCAGAGGGGAUGCCCUGCGCGGCGGAGAGACUAGACUAGCCCUGUCCGUCCGGGCACCACAAUAAAUCCUGCCUGCCUGGACUCUGCCGCCUGUC